AUGGCUUCCAAUGCGAUGGGAGCUGCCACUGGAGGCACUGCCCCUCAAAGUGUUGAGAAUAUUACGCGAAUAGCGCAGAACUACGAGUACAACUCUUCCGUUCCGUUACGGUAUUGGCUGAGGACCGCCGCGACGCUUUUACGUGAGGCCCACAUUUACGAACGCGAAGGACAUGAUGAGCAAGCCUAUCUCAUUCUAUUUCGCCAUGCUCAGUUGAUUUUGGUCCAUCUUUCCAAACACCCCGAUACCAAGAAAAAUGAGGAAGAUCGCAAGGCCUUGGUCGCAGCCGAGAAAGAGGUUGAGAAAAACCUUAGCAAGCUGGAGAUUCUGAGGCCACGCAUCAAUAAGCGAUAUGAGCGUUACACUCAGUUGAUGCGGGAACGCGAAUCUCGGAAACAGCCCUCACAGGCCAAAAUCGUCGCCGAACCACGUGAACAAGUCCCGGAUCCCGCUCUUGCCGGAGUAGCAGAGCCUUUGGAAGCUGGGGAGAAUCGAGAUCUCGCCGUACAGUUAGCCCAAUCAGAACUCAACCGUCGAGCCACCGUCCGUGGCUCAAAGAAUCUUUCUGCGCCAUCUGCCGAAGAGCUAGAAGCUCGUCGCGUAGCUGGCGUAUGGGGAGAUUGGGACUAUUCUUCAAAAUCAGAUUCUCGCACGGGUGGUCGCGACCUCAGUCGACGUGUUCAGAACAUCGGGUCCGAUUUCGAUCACACAAAUCAACCUUAUGGCCAACGUGCCAAAGAGCCCGAGAUUCCUUCGUCCGCUACUUCUGCGUAUAAUUAUCCGACUGUGCCGCGCCAGAAGCCCCUGGAGCCCACUGUGUCUCCAGGCCAAAUUGCCAUCCUCGACAAGAAUGCAGAACGGCAGGCGCCUCCGAUAUUGCCCCCGAAGGAGCACCUGGAGCCUAGCCGGGCAUCCAUUGUCGAUGACCCUGCAACAGCUGUAGUGCCAUCGCGGCCAGCGAAGGUAUUACCAGGUCCGGCCCUGCCUCAGAAGAUUCAACCUUCCGAAGAACCCACCGCCACACGUUCGGAUCUCGAUCCCUCCAGUUACACCUUUAAACCCUCAGCUUAUCUCGAAAAUGGUACCCCCUUGCGCUCGGUAUUUUUGCCAGCGAACCUCCGAUCCCGCUUCUUAUCCCUGGCUGCUCCUCACACCCGCGCCAAUCUUGAGACAUGCGGUAUUCUUUGUGGUACCCUUGUUUCCAACGCGCUCUUCAUAUCGAAGCUGGUGAUUCCCGAGCAAACAGCAACGUCUGACACCUGCGAAACGGUCAAUGAAUCCGCUCUUUUCGAUUACUGCGACUCCGAGGAUUUGAUGACACUCGGCUGGAUCCACACACAUCCGUCACAGACAUGUUUCAUGAGCUCCCGUGACCUACACACGCACUGCGGUUACCAAGUGAUGCUCCCCGAGAGUAUUGCUAUCGUGUGCGCUCCAAGCAAAAACCCAGAUUGGGGCGUGUUCCGAUUGACUGAUCCUCCGGGGUUGAAGACGGUUCUGAACUGCAACCAGACUGGUCUGUUCCAUCCACAUGCCGAGGACAAUAUCUACACUGGGGCCUUGCGACCAGGACAUGUCUUCGAAGUCAGUGGGUUAGAAUUCGAGACGGUAGAUCUUCGGCCGGAUGCCCUAAAGAACUAA